CAAAUUGACAAGAAGACAAGUGCCACCACGAACAACUUGGCAACAGAGAACAACAAGGAAGACCGAGAAAGCAUGCAGAUAUUAAUAUCACUCGUCACCAGUGUGGCAAUCAAACUAUGAGAAUGCUCAACACGUGAGCAUUCACAACAGAACCCAAGCCUAACUAAGAAGAGGAUAAGAAGCGAGAAGACUCAUAAUAUAUCUGUGUAACAAUUAUUCCUUCGCAAAACAGCAUCAAUCCCCCAAAACAACUUUUUCGACAACAAACAGCGGCCAUGACAGAAGUCGUAAAUGUAGAAACACCACCAGAAGCGCCAGCAGAGCAACCAGCCCCAUCCGAUGAUGACGAGAGGAUUCUCCACACUAACCUUUUACUCUAUCGGUUCUUGCCCGUUGGUUCCUUCACGGUCACCUUUGACACGACAGGCAACGAAAAAAUGGCUCACAUUUCGGCGUCCUGCUGCGGUUGCUGUGCUGGUACAGAACAGUCCGUCCCCAUGAACGACGACACGACACUCCAAGUGCUACAGCAGCCUCUAUGCCAUUGCGGCAGGUUAGUGAGAGAUGCCGGCUUGGCAUUUGUCCUGGCAUUUCUAUUUCACCUCAUCCCAUCCAUUAUUUGGGGAGCCGAAGAAUCGCUGGGUUCCUCUUCCAACCAUCAACUCAUGGGAGCGGUAUGGUUCGGCGGGUGGCCCAUUUGGUUUAUCAUUAUGCAGUUUUUGAGACCCUGGGGAAUUCAAAUCCAAACCAAAAACAACGACGACAAUGCAACCAUCUUUGUACCCUUUGCCUCUUGGAAGCACGCCACAGAGGUCGUGGCGUGUUGGGAAAAGUCCAAGUACGAAACUCCCAUGCCACCCAUGCCUGAAAAGCCAAGUCUUUUCCACGACCUUCAGUUCAUUGUGGGUUGGAUCUUCUUUUUAGUUUUGAUUAUCAACAUGUUUGUGACGGGUGCCCUUGUCACGGACUGCAACAGUCGAGGGUGCUGCAAGGAUGAUGAGGAUACCUUGGAUUGCUGCGUCGAAACAGGAUAUCCAGAGUGUUAGACGAGGGUGGAUAUGCACAUGAGCGAUACCAGAUGUACCGGUAUAGCAGAGAAAUGGUUGUCAGCACCACAAUGAUCUCGAUCAAC